AUGAAGCCAAUUGUUUGCAUGCUGAUGCUGACAGUGUUGCUCCACUGUAGUCUUUCAGUGGCUGGUCAUAGAGGACACGGACGUGGUCGAGUUGACCGCUCCAGAGUUCACCCUGAUCACAAACGUGGACCACGCCGCCAUGGAAGGAACUACGCUACAAAACCUUCGGAAGAAGUUGGUGAACGGUUGAGACACUACAAAAGGGGCGUCAAUAAAACGCGUCCUUUUGAAGCGGGAAUCGGAACUUAUUUGGAAUUCGAUCUGAUGGUCGAAGAUUUGGCUGAGGCAAAUGCAAUCAUAUUGGGAACCUACACAUACAUCAGAUGGCCUGAUGCGAUUGUUCCUUAUGAAAUUAUUGGCACAUUCUCUUCUGCCGAGUUGGCUAGUAUUGAAUGGACUUUCAAACAUUACGCCGAUAAUACGUGUGUUAGAUUUGUGCCGCACACUACUGAAGAAUUUUAUAUUAAAAUAAACAACAGUGCUACAGGAUGCUGGUCAUAUGUGGGAAGGCAUUUGGACAACACCUAUAAUUUGGUGAAUUUACAAACUCCUUCCUGUAUGGAAACUGGUACGGUUGCUCACGAGUUUAUGCAUGCGCUAGGAUUCUACCACGAAUUUUCUCGUCCCGAUCGUGAUGAUUGGAUCACCGUUGAUACCGGAGCACUUCUUCCACAAUAUCAAACCACUAGUUUCAUCAACGCUAACUUUGAAAAGAAGUCAGUGGAUCAGGUGGAACUGUACGGAAUGGAUUACUCGUAUGGCAGUGUAAUGCAUUACUCUAAGUGGGGUGGCGCUGCUAGCUACAAUCGUCCAGUGAUGAAUAAUCUUAAACCAUGGCCUUAUCAGGACUUUGGUAACGAUACUGGACUCUCGUUAUCUGAUGUUACCGCAGUCAACUAUAUGUAUUGCAAUGCAUCUACAAUAACAACAACAACAACAACAACAACGACAACUUCUACGGUUCCAACGACCACCACUGCGGCAACAACGACGACUACCAAGGCCCCAACGACCACCACCAAGGCCCCAACGACCACCACCAAGGCCCCAACGACCACCACAAAGGCCCCAACGACCACCACCAAGGCCCCAACGACGACUACAAAGGCCCCAACGACCACCACCAAGGCCCCAACGACGACUACAAAGGCUCCAACGACCACAACCUCUGCUCCACAGACAAACUGCAAAUGCUGGAACGCAUCUCUGAAAAUAUGUCUGGUGUAUAAUUAGCAUGUCAAUAAUUCGUAUCC